AUGGAAGCACCGUUACCGAUUUAGAGACGGUUCGACCUCUGUUCAAAAAGCCAACAAUGCUGCUUUGACCGUUCCACCACAAAGUCUUUUCAACCAAGAAGAAGAGCGGAAGAAGAAGAAGUAAUAACAUGCCUGAAAUCAAAAACUCCCACACCGAGGACACACUCCUCAUGUCAAGACCCAGCGAGGGCUUGUCUCCGUCGCACGCUUCUGUCAUGCGACUGAGCAAGGGAGAAAUCGAAGAUCUCCGAGAAGCCUUUCGUCUAUUUGACACGGAUGGGAAAGGAGUCAUUAGCAUGCAAGACCUAAAAGAAGUAGCGGAAUCUCUGGCAUUGGAAAUGGGCAAUCAGCAGAAUGCCUUUUCCACCCAUUCCUUUCGACAUCUCAGUGACAUGCUCCACAACGUGCAAGCGGACAAUGACGAGGAAAAUGAUGAAAACGAAUUUGUUCGUCUCAUGAGUGAUCGACGCUAUGAGGAAGAGGAUUCUCGGGAUGAGUAUCAACGUGUGUUUGAUCUGUUCGAUGCCAAAGGCAAGGGAUACAUCAACAUUGCCGACCUUCGACGAAUCUCGGAGGAGCUGGGUGAGACCAUGGCGGAAGAGGAACUGGAUGAAAUGAUCUCCAAGGCGGCACCCAAAAAUGGAAAAGUGACCCCGGAAGACUUCCAAAGAAUCAUGACAAAGCGACUGUUUGCCUAGCUAGUUGGUAUAUCAUUAUGAUGAUGUGGAAGUGAGAGCGAGAAAGAGACAACAAUUCACUGGUGGUUGAAUAGUUUUACACUACAGUAUUGGCAACUAACUGCUGUGUCAUGAUCCCUCGGUUAGACUAGUUGCUGGCUUCCGAAGCGGCAGGGUAGUGUUCACUCAACAAUCGGAUCACAACUUGCUUUGGAGCAUAGGCAAAGAUGGUUGCUGGGUAUACAGCACUUCCCCAUUUUGGAUGUGUCAAAACCUUGCAGAAUCCAGCAUUGUGACUCUUGUACCAUAUAAUAGUAGAUUGUAGAUUCAGGGUGGCUUUUCAAAUUAGCAAUAUAAAAAUAAAUUAAUGAGAGCCACCAACA